AUGCGACGAGGACGGUGGUAUGCCAGUAUUUUACCACUCUUAGAUGGACGGAUGAUGGUUUUCGGAGGAUUCGUGGGCUUUGAUGUGGGUUAUCCAUCCAUGUACGCUUUUGAAAUGAAUCAUUUUGUGGAAUUUUUCGAUCCUAGUACAUCGAACUGGUCAGCAAUCGAUGUCAAGUCGUUGCCCCACAGUCCGUUUACUACACUCAUCAAUCCCAAAUUCAAGCCGACCAAAGGAUGGAAAUGCGGUCGGCGCUGCAUUCGAGACAACAGAUACGAUGCAUUUAAGCUCUAUCCAGAAAACUAUCUGACUUCAGAUGGACGCAUCUUUUUGACGCGUGAGGGUGACUGGACAAGCGCACGGACGACAGAUGCCGCCUUCAUUCGUCGCACGAAUCGAACGUACUGGAUUGAACUUCAGGACAAAGAUCGGAUCUCAUUUUCACGCGGACCAGACCGUCUCGUCAAUAUCAGCUCGUAUGGUACGACCUUUCUGGAUCCGAACAGUGGUCUUAUUAGCUUGCUCGGUGGCCAGCCCGUAUCGCCCGGAAUUCGAUUGUACAAGGACUCUCCUCAUGACAACUAUUUUGCUGGCGGACGGGGAAGCCGAAAACUCGAACGAUUUCAUCAAUCGAAAUAUGAGCCUGACGGCGGCCAUUGGACUCUUGAUCCCAAUUUUCUUAGUACAACAAGCGCUGAUGAUCGCUCAAAUCACUAUGCCCUUAUUCUUCCCACGAGUCAAAUUCUGAUCCUAGGUGGUAGUAACUACGACUUCUACGGUUCCAUUCAUUAUCCAUUACUGCUUAGUCCACGCUUCAGUACGCAAACCAAUAAAUUUCUCGGCUACAAGAAAGAAAUCAUGAAUGAACACGUUGAAGCUCGGCUGUAUCACACCGCAGCCCUACUCAUGCCUGACGGUCGGAUAUGGCUAUCAGGCGGCAAUGCGGGUCGGGCGACUGUACAUAAGCGGCGAGGACCUCUCUCAUUCCAUAACGUGAGUGGUGGCACGCAGCCACUGCCUGAUCUGGACCUUAUAGAUCUGGAUUUUUAUUUCACUGUGGAAGAUCUCGUUAUGGGACGGCGUUCAAAAGGAUCUUCUGAUGUGCCCACGGAAACAUGGAUAGCUGAGAUAUUUAGUCCACCUUAUUUAUUCAUCGAUGGCGAACGUCGUGCUAAGAUCGUGUCUAUUCGUCAGACGCAUGCCAGCUAUUCCUUUCGAAAGGUAAUUGGCAAUCAAAUCUUUUAUUUACUUCAUAGUAACCACUCAUAUAUUGUCCUCCUGUCAGGUUUGCCAGGACGUUGUGCUACUCAAGGCAAAGCUUCCCUUGUUUUGAAUAAACUACCAUGGGCUACUCAUGGUUGGGACGGAGGACAACGUUUAUUCAGCUUGCAAUUUCAGCAGCAAGAUCAACACGACCAAAUUCAGUUUCAGACACCUGAUUUACGGAAAUCAAAUUUGCCUCCUGCCUACUAUAUGAUGUUUUAUGUCGAUUGUAUGGGCAAGCCGUCAGCAGCUCGGAUGAUUCGUUUCGACGACGAUGCACAAGAGCUUUAA